AGUCCCUUUCCCAUUCCCCCCCUCCCCUUGCACCCCCCAGCCACUAACUGGAUGGACGGCUGCAGCGGAGGUUCUGCUUUCCGCCCCAGGGAAUGGCGCUUCGUGUCUUGGGGCCGUGCUGGGGAGGAGGCUCAGCCGAGGAGAACGAAAGAGUGAUAAAGAGCUUCAGAAAGGAAGAGAAGGGAGAUCUCCGUCCGCCGCGCCAGGCAGAGCUGCGCCCGCGAUGGCUCCAGGCUCGCCCGCGUCUCGUGCUCCUCCAACUCCAGUGGCCCCCGCGCGCGGGACGCAUUGGACAUUUUUUUUUUUUUUUUUAGUAUUUUGAAGUAGGAAGAGACCCCGGAGGAUAAUAAGCCGGGGGUGGGGUGGAGUGGGGGAGUUUUUCAAAAGCAAGUCCAAGAGAGACGGCGAAGCCGGGUUGGGCUCGCUUUUCACUGGUGAAGUCGCUCCGGAGCAUCAAGCCUUCUCCAGGAGUUACCGGAGAGCUGGAACUUUGAGGGACUCCUGGGCCUUGGGAGCAGAAGGAGGAAAAGAGGAGGAAGGAGUUCUCGCGCGGGACUGGGGUGCGCGCGUGGGCCACCGGGGCCACCCGGGAUCCGGCGAGGAGCACGCACCAUGGACACACCCGGUUCCAGCCGGGCGAGCCAGGCCCCCGCGGCGGCGCGGGACUGCUACCGUGGUCGCGCAGGCUCCGGCUGCCAAGGCGGCUGCUGGGGCACCCUGGUGCUGCGGCCACUCCUCCGGCGCUCGCGGAAACUUUCCUCAGCGCUGUGCGCGGGCUCCCUGUCGUUUCUGCUGGCGCUGCUGGUGAGGCUGGUCCGCGGGGAGCAGGGCUGUGACUUGGAGCAGAGGAAGGAGGCGGUGGCGGCGGCGCAGGAGGAGGAGGAGGAGGAAGCGGCCCGGGCUGCAGAAGGGGGCGUCUUCCCCAGCCCUCGGGGAGGCGCUCCCGGGGGCGGCGCGCCGUUCAGCCCCUGGCUGCAGCCCUCGGCGCUGCUGCUCAUUCUGCUGUGUGCCUUCUUCUGGAUGGGCUUGUACCUCCUGCGCGCCGGGGUGCGCCUGCCUCUGGCCGUCGCGCUGCUGGCCGCCUGCUGCGGCGGGGAAGCGCUCGUGCAGCUCGGACUGGGCGUCGGGGAGGAUCACUUGCUCUCGUUGCCGGCCGCCGGCGUGGUGCUCAGCUGCCUGGCCGCGGCGACAUGGCUGGUGCUGAGGCUGAAGCUGGGCGUCCCCAUGAUCGCCUUGACUAGCGCGGUCAGGACCGUGUCCCUCACUUCCUUAGAGAGGUUUAAGGUCGCUUGGAGACCAUACCUGGCGUACUUGGCCGGCGUGCUGGGGAUCCUUCUGGCCAGGUGUGUGGAGCAGCUCUUGCCGCAGUCGGCGGGGGCUGCACCGAGGGAGCGUUUGGGGUCCCGGCUGCUUGUUGGGACCAAGGAAGACAUCCCGGGUUUGAAGAGGAGGAGGCGGUCCAGCUCCGUGGUGGCAGCCGAGAUGUCCAGCGGCGGCAGCAAGUCCCACCGGAGGACCUCCCUGCCCUGUAUACCGCGGGAUCAGCUCAUGGGACAUUCGGAAUGGGACCACAAACGAGGACUAAGGGGGCCCCAGUCUUCAGGAACCAGUAUCACUGUGGAUAUUGCUGUGAUGGGCGAGGCCCACGGCCUCAUUACUGACCUCCUGGCAGACCCCUCUCUGCCGCCGAACGUAUGCACGUCCUUGAGGGCCGUGAGCAACCUUCUCAGCACACAGCUCACCUUCCAGGCCGUUCACAAGCCCAGAGUGAAUCCAGCAGUUUCCUUCAGUGAAAACUAUACUUGUUCUGACUCCGAAGAGAGCUCCGAGAAAGACAAGCUGGCUAUUGCCAAGCGCCUGAGAAGGAGUUUGCCCCCUGGCUUGUUGAGACGAGUUUCAUCAACUUGGACAACUACCACCUCUGCAACAGGUCUACCCACCUUGGAGCCUGCACCAGUAAGGAGGGACCGUAGUGCCAGCAUCAAACUGCAUGAAGCACCUUCAGUCAGUGCCGUUACUCCUGACUCUUGGAACAGCCCAGCGAUGAUGACCCUCACCAAAAGCAGGUCCUUUACGUCAUCGUAUGCUGUGUCGGCAGCAAACCACGUGAAGGUGAAGAAGCAGAAUCGACCAGGUGCAAUUUCACCUCUCUCCUCCCCUUGCUCCUCACCUCUCCAAGGGACUCCUGCCAGCAGCCCCAUCAGCAAAGUUUCUACAGUGCAGUUUCCAGAACCUGCUGACACACCUGCCCGACAAGGCCCGGGUUCCCACAAGCCCUUAACGUGCACGCAGAGUGCCCCCGACCUUUCUCCGCAGAGUCUGGCUACACCUGUGAUAUGUAGCAGCUGUGGCCGACCUUAUUCCCAGGGAAUUCCUGCUGACGGGCCCCUGGACAGAAGUGGCCCAGCCCCUCGGAUGCCGAGCAGAGCAGAUGACACUGCUCAAGUUACCUCUGAUUACGAAACCAACAACAACAGCGACAGCAGUGACAUUGUCCAGAAUGAAGAUGAGACUGAGUGCCCCAGCCAGCCACUGAGGAACGUGUCUGCCUGCAGCACCUACGCUCCUGAGACCUUGAUGUUCGUGGAUAAGCCAAUUCUUGCUCCUGAACCUCUUGUCAUGGAUAACCUGGACUCCAUCAUGGAGCAACUAAAUACUUGGAAUUUUCCAAUUUUUGAUUUAGUGGAAAACAUUGGAAGAAAAUGCGGUCGUAUUCUUAGUCAGGUGUCCUACAGACUUUUUGAAGACAUGGGCCUCUUUGAAGCCUUUAAAAUUCCUGUUCGGGAAUUUAUGAAUUAUUUUCAUGCUUUGGAGAUUGGAUAUAGGGAUAUUCCUUAUCACAACAGAGUUCACGCCACUGACGUCUUGCAUGCUGUUUGGUAUCUUACAACGCAGCCCAUUCCGGGCCUCUCCACUGUCGUCAGCGACCAUGGAUCAGCAAGUGACUCAGAUUCUGACAGUGGAUUCACGCAUGGACAUAUGGGAUAUGUAUUCUCAAAAAUGUAUACUGUGCCUGAUGACAGAUACGGCUGCCUCUCUGGGAAUAUCCCUGCCUUGGAACUGAUGGCUCUGUAUGUGGCUGCAGCCAUGCAUGACUAUGACCACCCGGGAAGAACGAACGCCUUCCUGGUCGCCACCAGUGCGCCUCAGGCAGUGCUAUAUAACGAUCGCUCGGUUUUGGAAAAUCAUCAUGCAGCUGCUGCGUGGAAUCUUUUCAUGUCGCGGCCAGAAUACAACUUCUUAGUUAACCUUGACCACGUGGAAUUUAAGCACUUCCGUUUCCUUGUCAUCGAAGCAAUACUGGCGACUGACCUGAAGAAACACUUUGACUUCGUAGCCAAGUUUAACGCCAAGGUAAAUGAUGAAGUUGGAAUAGAUUGGACCAAUGAAAACGAUCGCCUACUGGUUUGUCAGAUGUGUAUAAAGUUGGCAGAUAUUAACGGACCAGCGAAAUGUAAAGAAUUGCACCUUCAGUGGACAGAAGGCAUUGUUAAUGAAUUUUAUGAACAGGGUGAUGAAGAGGCCAGCCUUGGUCUGCCCAUUAGCCCCUUCAUGGACCGCUCUGCCCCUCAGUUGGCCAAUCUGCAGGAAUCCUUCAUCUCACACAUUGUGGGUCCCUUGUGCCACUCCUAUGACUCGGCAGGGCUGAUGCCAGGAAAAUGGGUGGAAGACAGUGAUGAGUCGGGAGAUACCGAUGACCCAGAAGAGGAGGAGGAGGGGGAAGAAGAGGCAGAUGCACCCAACGAGGAAGAAACCUGUGAAAAUGAAUCUCCAAGAAAGAAAGCUUUCAAAAGGAGGAAAAUCUACUGCCAAAUAACUCAGCACCUACUGCAGAAUCACAAGAUGUGGAAGAAAGUCAUUGAAGAUGAACAGCGAUUGGCGGGCAUAGAAAAUCAGUCUGUGGAGCAGACCCUUCCACAGCCAUCCUCAGAAAAGAUCCAGGCUAUUGAGGAAGAAGAGGAAGAAAAGGGGAAACCGAGAGCGGAGGAAAUCCCAGCCCCACAGCCCAACCAGUGACAAUGGAUAGAUGAGUUGUGUUCCCAAACACAUUGACUUGCCACAGACUCUUUUCAAGCCAGCAUAACACUUAGACACAACACUGUAGAAAUAUGAGAUGAUGGUUAAAUGGCUCUUG